AUGGAGGUAUGUGUUGGCAUUGAUUGUGGAACUACAAAUUCAUGCAUAGCAUAUGCUGAUAACAUAAAUUCGGAUGGAAAGGUAAUACAAGUUAAUGGAAAAAACUUUGUUCCAACAAAUUUAAUUUAUUAUAAAAAUUCUAAUGAACCAUUAGCAUGUGUUGACAAAUCAACUUCGGAUAUUGAACCAGGCAAUUGUUUACAUAAUAUUAAACGCAUCAUCGGAAAAGAUUUAUUAGAUGAAGAUAUUCAAAAUAGAAAAUCAAAUUGGGAUUUCAAAUUAGUUGAAGGCAAUAACAAAAUGGCAGCAUUUCAAGUAAAAACUAAAGAUGGACGGUGUAUUGUAUCUCCUGAACAGGCAGCCGCACAUGUCUACAAAAAAUUAAUAAACGCCGCGAAAUCAACACAAGAGAGUGAAAAUUGUAAGGCAAAAGUCGUUCUUACAAUUCCUGUUGCAUUCAAUGCUGAACAAUGUGAACGCAUAAAAUCAGCUGCAAAAGCCGCAAAAAUUGAUAUUCUUUCUACAAUCUAUGAGCCAACUGCAGCUGCGAUUGCAAGCAAUGUCAUGUCUUCUGGAAAAAAUCAAAAACUUAUGAUCUUCGAUUUCGGUGGAGGCACAUUGGAUGUAACAAUUAUGGAAAUGAGCAAAGAUUCAGAAGGAGUCUUCAAGUUCAAGACUAUUGCCAUUACCGGAGACCCAGAUCUUGGUGGCGAAGUAAUCGAUGAAAUGCUCAUGGAUCAUUUUUCACAAAUUUUGGAGAAAUAUGAUUAUAAAGUCAAAACCGGUGAUGAUGAAAUGACAAGCCGUAAUCUCAGAACUCUGAGAGAUACAUGCCACAAAAUGAAAGAAGAACUUACUUACAAAAAAUCCGUGGAUUUUACCUGGCCCGGUAUUAAUUUUAAGCCAAGAGAUUCUAAAAUACUUUCAUCUAAAUUUCAAAUGAUGAUGGAAGAAAAGGGAUAUACCGAUCGCAUCAGAACAACUGUAAAGACAUGCCUUAAUAAAGCCAAUUACAAACCAAAAGAUGUUGACAAAGUUAUAUGUGUUGGUGGUUCUUCCGUUAUGAAAGUAGUAAAAAAGACACUUGAAGAUAUUUUUGAUGAAGAAAAAAUAUCAAUAAGCAAACAUCCUGAAGAAGAUAUAGCUAAAGGAGCUGCAAUUUAUGCUUAUUUACUUCACUCUGGAGGUGUUAAAAAUGUUCUUAACACUCCCCCGCCAACAAGACAAAAAUGUCCAGUUUCAAUUAUUGUUGAAAACAAUUUACCAUUUUCUAUUGGUUAUACAGAUGCAUAUGGUGAUAUGGAUGAAAUUUUUGAGAAAGGAAUCGUAAUCCCUGUAAGUAGAACAAUUAGUGUUAGUAGUGCUUCGAAUACACAAUCCAAUAUGUAUUUGAGAGUUUGCUACAGAAAUGAUUAUGAUGAAAAUCCAAAAUCAUUAACAUCUUAUAUCAUUGACUAUAAUGGAGCAAGAGGCGACAAAGUAAAGGAAACAUGGUCAAUUGAUGCAGGUGGAAAUCUUACAAUUACUUCUGUUCUUGCUUCAUCCGGAAAAAUAAUCUCUAAGAAUGUUGGUUUGUUUGAAACAUCAAGUGAAAUUUAUUGUGAUUCUGAAAAUGACAUAACAUUUGAUUGCGCUCAUAACUCCGAAAUUAAUAGAAGAAAUGAAAUUUCUAGUGAUUCAGGAAAUGAUCGAAGAAAUGAAAGUCAACAUGAUCCUGAGAUGGACUCAAUCAAGCAGCAAAUUCGAGAUGAAAUUUCUAAUGCAAUAAAGAAAAUGAAAAUUCUCCCACAGUUGAAGUCCAUAAAAGUACAACUCGAUGAAAUAAGCCGAUGGUUAGAUUCAGAUGAGAAAAGAACAAAAGAAGAAUACAACAAGAAACUUGAAGAAGUUCGAAAUCUUGUUCAAAGAGGUCGAGCGCCUGAUGUAUCUGCUGGCAUUAAUAGAAGACCUGAAAUCACUCGCAACUCUGAAAAUGAUCGAAGAACUGAAAUCACUCGCAACUCUGAAAAUGAUAAUUCGUCUGAAAGUUCCAGUUUUUCUGAUACUGAUUCAUCGACAGUAAGUUCUAGUGAUUCAGGAAAUGAUCGAAGAAAUGAAAGUCAACAUGAUCCUGAGAUGGACUCAAUCAAGCAGCAAAUUCGAGAUGAAAUUUCUAAUGCAAUAAAGAAAAUGAAAAUUCUCCCACAGUUGAAGUCCAUAAAAGUACAACUCGAUGAAAUAAGCCGAUGGUUAGAUUCAGAUGAGAAAAGAACAAAAGAAGAAUACAACAAGAAACUUGAAGAAGUUCGAAAUCUUGUUCAAAGAGGUCGAGCGCCUGAUGUAUCUGCUGGCAUUAAUAGAAGACCUGAAAUCACUCGCAACUCUGAAAAUGAUCGAAGAACUGAAAUCACUCGCAACUCUGAAAAUGAUAAUUCGUCUGAAAGUUCCAGUUUUUCUGAUACUGAUUCAUCGACAGUAAGUUCUAGUGAUUCAGGAAAUGAUCGAAGAAAUGAAAGUCAACAUGAUCCUGAGAUGGACUCAAUCAAGCAGCAAAUUCGAGAUGAAAUUUCUAAUGCAAUAAAGAAAAUGAAAAUUCUCCCACAGUUGAAGUCCAUAAAAGUACAACUCGAUGAAAUAAGCCGAUGGUUAGAUUCAGAUGAGAAAAGAACAAAAGAAGAAUACAACAAGAAACUUGAAGAAGUUCGAAAUCUUGUUCAAAGAGGUCGAGCGCCUGAUGUAUCUGCUGGCAUUAAUAGAAGACCUGAAAUCACUCGCAACUCUGAAAAUGAUAGGAGAAAUGAAAGCACUAAUAACUCUGAAAAUGAUAGAAGACCUGAAAUCACUCGCAACUCUGAAAAUGAUAGGAGAAAUGAAAGUCCGCAUGAUUCUGAGAUAGAUUCAAUCAAACAGCAAAUUCGCGAUGAAAUUUCCAAAGGAAGAGAUUCGGUUUCGAGACGUCCUGUUUUGAGGGUUAUGAAAGGACCGCAACUUGAUGAAAUAAGUCGAUGGUUAGAUUCAGAUGAGAAAAGAACAAAAGAAGAAUACAACAAGAAACUUGAAGAAGUUCGAAAUCUCAAUAAAAGAUAUCAAACGACUGAUGCAUCGACUGAUGAUAAUAGAAGAACUGAAAGUUUUCAUAAUCCUGAAAUUAAUCGAAGAACUGAAACCACUCGCAACUCUGAAAAUGAUCGAAGAGAUGAAAGUCAACAUGAUCCUGAGAUGGACUCAAUCAAGCAGCAAAUUCGAGAUGAAAUUUCUAAUGCAAUAAAGAAAAUGAAAAUUCUCCCACAGUUGAAGUCCAUAAAAGUACAACUCGAUGAAAUAAGCCGAUGGUUAGAUUCAGAUGAGAAAAGAACAAAAGAAGAAUACAACAAGAAACUUGAAGCGGUUCAAAACCUCACUAAGAGAGGUCAAAUGGCUAUAAGAUGA